AAAUAAUUUCCGCCGCGAGUCGAUCCUUUAUAUGCAGUGGAGCAAAAAACACCAAGAGAACCGCCACCAUAUCAGCCGGGUUGACAAGAGAGAUGGCGGAGACUCAUAAACUGGAGCUCCCAGUCAUAGACUUGUCCUCCCCUGACCGCAUCUCCACCGCCAAUUCAAUUCGUCGGGCAUGCGUGGAGUAUGGUUUCUUUUACCUGGUAAACCAUGGGGUGGAGGUAGAAUUGUUUGGAAGGGUUUUUGGUGAGAGCAGGAAAUUCUUCUCACUCCCCUUGGAAGAAAAGACCAAAUUGGCUCGCAGAGAACACAGGGGUUACUCGGCACUCUAUGAUGAGAACCUAAACCCCUCUUCGAGUUCCAAAGGGGAUUCAAAAGAGAGUUUCUAUGUCGGUCCGCUAGAAGGGGAGACAAGAAACUUAAACCAGUGGCCUUCGCAAGAAGUUCUGCCUUCUUGGAGAUCCACGAUGGAGUUGUAUUAUGAGAAAGUGAUGUCUUCUGGAAAAAAAUUGAUCUCCUUAAUUGCUUUGGCUUUGAACUUGGAUGAAGACUAUUUUGAGACACUAGGAGCUUUGGAUGCACCAGCAGCUUUCCUUCGCUUAUUACACUAUCCAGGCAAUGUGGCAUCUUCUGACGAAGAAACAUAUGGAGCUUCUGCGCACUCAGAUUAUGGAAUGAUUACCCUUCUGGCAACUGAUGGUGUCCCAGGGCUUCAGGUUUGUAGGGACAAGACCAAGCAUCCAUGGAUAUGGGAGGAGGUGCCAAAUAAAAAUGGGGCCUUCAUUGUUAACAUUGGGGACAUGAUGGAAAGAUGGACUAAUUGUUUAUUCCGUUCGACAUUUCACAGAGUGAUGUCAGUCGGACAAGAACGGUACUCGGUAGCUUUUUUCUUGGAUCCUAAUGAAGACUGUUUGGUGAAAUGUCUGGAAAGUUGUUGCAGUGAAUCAUGCCCCCCAAGAUUUCCCCCUAUUCGUAGUGGAGACUACCUGACGGAGCGGAUCAGGCAUACAUACGGUUCCUACUGAGGGCAAGGAGAAGCAUAGAUGCAUUGCUGCUGUAUAUGGUUCUUCAUGAGAAAUGAAAGUUGCUGCUGCUUUUGAAUCUCAACUGCGGUACUAUUAAUUGCUACACUGAAGCAUUGAUAGGUAACAUCUGCUGAAGUGCUGGUAAGUUAAGCAUUCACAUUGGUAUCAAAAAUUGUUGUGUAUCCAUAAACAUACUCUUCCUUGUGAGAGAUGCAUGAUUUAUUACAAAACAAUAUUGUCAAAACAGAAGUUGUUUUUAUUUGCUUCAAUGUACCCAAAAAAAGUCAUUUGGGAUAAUACUUGAAAAUGGGAUUUUCACUGUUGGCAAUUAGAGUUUGCAAAU